AUGAGGCUAUCAAUAUCAUGUGAUGCGUGUCGUCGAGCCAAAGUCAAAUGCAUUCAUGAAGGAAGUCCUCCUUGCCGGCGCUGUCAGAGAACCGAGACCGAGGGCUGUGCUUUGACAGACCCUCGGGAAUCACGGGCACGGAGACGCAGUAGCACGGCCGGAUCGGGGCCUUCGCGAAAGCGAAAAGCCACCGCAAAUCCAUCUCCCGCUAUUGAAGGCCGCCAACACCUAAGCAGACGCAGCUCUGGAACUGUUACAGAUGCUCACUGGAAUCCCAUCUCGUCCUUGUCCGCGUCGACCGUCAUCAGCGCGAUUGAGACGUACCGGAAAAAAUUUCCGAUCGCGAAUUUUCUGCAUUAUCCUUCACUGAUAUCAGAUAUCUCAUCUAAUUUUGAGUCUGUGGAUGCAGUGUUCAUUGCAUCGCUUCUAUCGCUAUGUGUUCGCUUUAUGGGCGAUGAUGGGUUGGAUGGCGAGGAGACGUAUGCCAAUUACGCUCAAAAGCAUCUCGCACACCGAGCGAUGGAAGCCCCCUCCCUAUAUCUUGCUCAGUCUCUGGUGAUGAUCUCAUUCUACGAAUGGGGUACUGGCAGACCUUACCAGGCAUGGAUGUAUAGUGGAAUGGCCACAUAUAUGAUUCAGUCUCUACUCAAGAUGGCGGAUGACAGUAUGGAACACAGUCCACAAGAGUUUCAUGCAUCUCAAACACAGUAUGAGCAACUUGUCCGUACCUAUUGGUGCUGCUUUGCGCAAGACUGCGAGCUGAGUUCUGGUGCUCGGCAACAUUUUGCUCUAUCAUUCUCUCAGAUCUCGGUCCCACUUCCCAUCAGCGACCGAGACUUCACAUUCAAUCACCUGCCGGAGAGGAGGUUAAUGCCGGCCGACAUGAACAAGCAAUGCCCACAGGCAAAUAAUUUGACAAUCGAGAACGGUCUGACAAUAGUCACUCGGGGAUUCGAUAUUUUUGUGCGAAUUCUUAGAUUCGCCAACGAACAUCGCCGCUCCCUGGCAUCCUUCAGUGCAGAUGAUUCACCCAUGUCGCCUCUUCAUAAGACAUGGCAAAGGCUGAAAGGCGAGCUGGAUGAAUGGCGCUCACUCCAAGACAGAACAGUCAAAUAUCCUAAUACCAGUGCACAGGCGCAUGUUGCCCUGGGAUAUGGAGAACUGUUUGCAUAUAUAAACUUGCUCUACUUUAUGAGCAUCGUUUUCCUGCAUCGUGAUCGCUUUCUCUCUAAUCUAAAACCCCAUUCCGACGUUUUUCAUGACAUGAGCGACAAUGACCAAUACCAGCCCGACACAAUUCGGCAACUUUUCCAGGCUGUACAACAUAUCUCCAGCGUUUUAACGGCACUAGAAUCUUCUGAGGCAUCUGUGAUGACCCCUUACUCCGGAUUCAGUGUGUUUGUCGCAGCACACAUCAACAUGUAUGGUACUCUUAUUCCACAACAAUAUCCGGGAGGACUCGAUCGAGCAGAGAAUGAAAAGAGUCAAAAUAUGAUGUAUCUCGAACGGCUAAGUAAAUUGUGGCCAGUUGGUCGAAGCUGGUGGCGAACUGUCCAGGACGCCAACCGAUUCUACGAAACAGUGAAGAGUACGCAGACACACCCAGACUCUGCCAUGCACAGCCCAAGGCGUUUAGCAUUGGCAGGGACUUUGGACGAAUAUGGUGACAUCCGUUCACGUCCAAAUCGUGAUCUGCAUGCGACAAGAUCGGUGACCGCGGAGGCUCGCCAUAUGCAAAGCACACCCCAACCGCAUGGACCCACGGUUUCUUUGCCUGCCAAUGAAGGCGAAGCCGCAUUCAUUUCACGGGAUCAGAGUGGCCCCGGGAGUCAUCAUGAUCUUGAAACUGAUAUGUUUCAAUGGCCCUUCAUUGACGCUUCUUGGUCUGCUGGGUUUGAUGCUGGGCUGGAUGGACUGUGGCACCACUCUGGAUUGUUUGAACCGAAUGCUCCCUGGAGAUAG